AUGAGACAGAAGAGACAGAGGAGAAGAGAGAGGAAGAAACAGAGGAGGAGACAGAAGAGGAGACAGAGGAGGAGAGAGAGAGGAGACAGAGGAAGAGACAGAGGAGGAGAGAGAGAGAGGAAGAGACAGAGAGGAGAAAGAGGAGGAGACAGAGGAGGAGAGAGAGAGGAAGAGACAGAAGAUGAGACAGAAGAGACAGAGGAGAAGAGAGAGGAAGAAACAGAGGAGGAGACAGAAGAGGAGACAGAGAGGGAGACAGAGGAGAAGAGAGAGGAAGAAACAGAGGAGGAGAGAGAGGAAGAGACAGAGGAGGAGAGAGAGGAAGAGACAGAGGAGGAGAGAGAGAGGAAGAGACAGAAGAGGAGACAGAGGAGGAGAGAGAGAGAGGAAGAGACAGAGAGGAGACAGAGGAGGAGACAGAGGAGGAGAGAGAGGAGGAGGAGAGAGGAAGAGACAGAGGAGGAGAGAGAGAGAGGAAGAGACAGAAGAUGA